UUCCAGAACCAUAUUCGGAUUAAUUCGACAUACAUCGUGCGUCAGCAUUUUACUGCGCUACCACUAAUUCGUUUAAUAAUAAACAGCAUAAAUAAUUGAAAAAAUAUAUAAACAGAUAUAUUAAAGAAGUUACGUCAUUACGUCAUUCCGCUCCAGUAGGGAUGGUGCAGCCCCAACCUAAUGGUCCAAUGCAGUGGGAAAUGUCAGGCGAAGACAGUGGGGGCGGCCUUAGGGUGCCUCCUGAGCUGGCUGCCAAUGAAGUGGUAACAAGGUUGAAGGGUGACAACCAACAACUCAGAGAGGCCCUGCGGCGGAGCAACCUCGCCCUCCGUCAGCGCUGUGAGGAGAUGGAAGGAUGGCAGCGAAGGACAAAAGAGGAACGAGAGUUCCUAAGUUGUCGAUUUCAGGAGGCCAGGGCGCUUGUGGAGAGACUGGCCACUGAGAAUCACUCAUUGCAGAGCCUUGUGAAUUUACCACGCUCAAUGUCCAACCAGUGUUGCAUUGCAAGCCAGACUGAAGAGCCGCACGUACUUCCUGCCAGUAAUGGACCAGUGGAGUCACAGGCUCAGACUCUGGAUCCGCGGGAGAAGAAGAAAGUGAUGGAGACCGAUCAACACACACAGACCACUCCCCCACGCAGCUUGGAUGAGAGCGUUCAUAGCUCGCUGAGUAGUGUCCUCUCUUCUCCCCCGGCCUCUGUGUCACAGACGUCGGGGGGAGAGGUGGCCUGGGAUAUUGGCCAGCCGGUCGAGGGUCCCAAUGACUUCCUGCAGCUGCUGAAGAGCCACAAAGAGAAGCUGGAGGAGGGGAUGCGAAAGUUAAGGAGGAAAAAUGAAGAGUUGGAGAGAGAGCGGGAGGAGAGCGAGACGGAGAAAGGGCAAAUGCGAGCUUGCAUUGACCACUUGCAAGCGACGUUGGCUCAUGCACAGGGCAGUAACUUCACAGAAGAAGCUGUUCCGUACCGCUCUGAAACCCAACACUCAUCUGAUAGCUCUAGCCUGGCUAAACUCACAGAGCAGCUUCAGGCCACACAGGGCAGAUAUCGGGAGCUGGAGGUGAAGCUGGACUACCUGCAGAAAAUCUCUGCUCAGCGGGAUCGGACCGAGGCCCUGCUCAAGCAGAAAGAGAAAGAUUGUGAGGCUCUGAAAGCUCAAGCCACGUCUCUGUUGGGGGAGCUGACCGAGCGGCAGAGCUGCCUGGAGAAAAGCGAGCGUGAAAGAAAAUCCUUGGAGGAAAAACUGAACGGUAAAACCAAAGCCCUGCAGGUGGUGGAGCGAGAGCUCCAGCAGGACAAGAAGAUGCACAAUGUUGCUAUGGACAAGCUGCUGCUGCAGACCCAGGGCCUGGAGCAAGCACUGAGGGCGGAGAGACAAGUCGUCACCGAGGAAAAGAAAAAGCUGAACCAGCUGCAGCAUGCCUACACCUGCCUGUUCCGAGACUACGAUGCCAAGCUAAAGGGCGGGGAGGGAGAUCUGCGCAGUCGCCUGGAGGAAGCCGAACGAGCGUUGGCGCUGAAGCAGGACUUGAUUGACAAACUCAAAGAGGAGGUGGAGCAGCAGAAGGGCUCACUGGAGACUGUUCCUGUACUCACCGCCCAGGCUGAAAUCUACAAAGCAGAUUUCCUUGCGGAGCGAGAAGCAAGAGAGAAGCUCAACCAGAAGAAGGAGGAGCUGCAGGAACAGCUCAACCAGGCCCAGAGUGAGAUCGACAGGCUCAAACAGGAAGCCACGUCUCGUGUUCGCAUGGAGCAAAUGAAGCUGAGGCACCAGGAUGACUUCCCCACACGCUCCCCCCACAUUCCUCCGCCAGCAGGUGUUUUCUCAGCAGGGGCCUUCAACACAGCGCCCCCUCCCUCCAUGUUCCGCAUUCAGGGUCUAGUGCAGGUCGGCGACCAAGGAGCGGUUGGAGCUGAGGAGCUGCCAGAUUUAUGUUGUCCCAAAUGCCAGUACCAGGCUCCCGAUAUGGACACGCUGCAAAUUCACGUCAUGGACUGCAUACAGUAACAGCCGCACGCAGUUUCCUGGCUGUGUAAACAUACACAACCAUCUACUCUGAUGAAGAGCUUUUCUGAUGCCAUGGAGUUACCAUAUAUGGUAUGACUGAUGACUGCCAAUCAAAGGAGGAGACAACAUCCAUCAUAAUCAUCUUUACUGAGGCUAAAUCAUUCCAUAUUCUUCAUAUUUUAUUUGUCAUUAUGCAACUUCUGCAGCCUCUGAGCCUCACGUCUGUGUUGCUACACACCAUAAUUCCCUCUUGUAUAUUGAGGGAAGUCACUCUGUACACAGUGUGUAUAUUUCAUGACGGAGGUUGGACCUAAAGUGUAAUAAGAUGUGUGUCAUUAGAAGUGCAGAUUCAGUGAGCAAAAGAGCUUUUUAAAGUCACUAUAUAUUCGGAUAUGUUGGGUCAUUCAUGUUGCUUGUCUACAUUUUAUCAAACUUGUGAUAUUAGAGAUGGAUUUACUGUAAGUAACCAUUCUCUGUGUUGUGUGCCUGUGUUCACCGCUCCCCAUUUAAAGACCCCUCCCUUCAGUUUGACUAUAGCAUCUAUCUAUCUGAAUGUAGACACAUUGAAGUGACUUCAGUUUGUGUGGAUAAUGUCUAUUUUAUUUUUGUGAAAAGCAUAGACCUAUGUUUGAAUCUGUCCACAUGAAAAGGAAAAAAUAAAUCAUGGAUUGUUUGCUUUGUUCCGGACGUGAGGAUCAAACGGAUGAGCUCCAUCCUUGUACUCAAACAAGACCUUAUUAAAGCCUGACCCCAUCAUCGCUUUGUCUUUGCGUUCUGUGGAGACACUUGCGGUUGGUUAUAUGUUGUCAUGGUGGUCGAAGACUUUUGAACUUUCAUGGUAUACCAUGUGACACAGUGGACGACAGUCAACAUCAUGUGGAGAAAAUAUGGUGUUAGCGUGACAUUACCAAGGACAGCUGGUCAGUGAAGCCUCCAGCAACAUUAAAGGAGCUGUAGCAAAUUCCAGCAGGUACUGGCUGUGCAGAUCAUGUGACAGCAACCUCCUGCACUCUUCAUAUGGUAAACAGAAGCCUUUUCUUU